AUGCCGAGCCACUCGCGCAGUCGAGACCGCUACCGCGGCCGCGAUGAAAGCGAGCCCGAGCGCGAUCGGAGACACUACUCGCGACGACGAUACCGGGAGACAGAUUACGAAGAUGACGAACUAGACGACGACGACUACGACCGCCGCCGGCGAUAUCGCCGAGACGACGUAUACCGACGCUCGCGGGGCCAAUCCCGCGGCUACGAGUCCCACGAAUACCACGAAGACGACGCGAACGAAUACGAUCUCGCCGGGGAAGACCCCGCGGUGCCGCUGCGACGGUCGCGGGGCGAUGAACGAGAACGAUCCGCCGGGGCGUACGACGACUACGACUCUCCCCGAAGGCGGGACCGACACCGGGAUGGCGACAGACGGCGACGGCACCGCGCGUAUGAAGCCGAGGGCAGUCCGCCGCGCGGGGCACCCGAUCACAGACGACACCGGUCGAGGGAUGACCGUCGCGAGCGGGCAUACGAGUCGGAGCGAGAGGCGAGACGACACCGUCGGAGGGAGCGUGGGCGCGAGGCUGCGGCGGCGAAGCACCAGAGCAGCGAUUCGACGAAUAGCGGGUCCCAUCUGCUGAGUGCGGAUGCGCUGGCGAAGCUUCGCUCGGAGUAUGACAAGGAGGACAGGUCGCGGGCAAAAGCAGAUGCGAAGGCCGAGAAGAAACAGAGGCGCAAGCGGCCGGUUGUUGCAGACCAGCCUCGGCGGUUGGAUCCCUUCCCUGAAGAGACGCCCCGCGGUCAGUCGAAGGGGAGGAUUGUCUCCGGCGCGUACUUGGAGGAAGGGAGGAGUCCCGAGAUGAAGGUUCGGCAUCGGGGCGGGGGAGGCGGCGGUGGUGCAGGCUCGAAAUGGCGCGACGAGGGUGCGUCGGAUUCGGAUAUGGACGGCGCGGAGGGAGGAACCCCGUUCUGGAAGAAGAAAAAGACGUGGAUUGCUGUCGGCGUGGUCGUUGUGUUGCUGGCCAUCAUCAUUCCCGUCGCGGUCGUCGUUUCGAAGAAAAACAACGAGAAGAAGUCGGAUUCAACGACGGACGACACUACACCGCGGAACUCGAACCUGGACGGCAUCAGUCGAGACAGUAUUCCGGACUACGCAAAGGGAACGGUGCUUGAUCCCUGGACCUGGUACGACACGAUGGGCUUCAACGUGACUUUCACGAAUGAGACGGUAGGCGGCUUGUCCAUCAUGGGUCUUAAUUCGACCUGGGAUGAUUCCACUCGGCCCAACGAUAACGUUCCACCGUUGAAUGAACCCUUCCCGUACGGCUCGCAGCCAAUCCGGGGCGUGAAUCUCGGUGGCUGGCUGUCAAUCGAGCCUUUCAUCGUGCCCUCGCUUUUUGAGAGCUACUCCAGUGUUGAUGGAGUGGUUGACGAAUGGACCUUGUGCCAGAAGCUGGGAGACUCCGCCGCCUCCAGAAUAGAACGACACUAUGCCACCUUUAUCACCGAGCAGGAUUUCGCAGACAUCAGGGAUGCCGGACUUGAUCAUGUUCGAAUCCAGUUCUCCUACUGGGCUGUGACGACGUACGACGGGGACCAGUACGUCCCGAAAAUCUCGUGGAGGUAUCUCCUCCGAGCUAUCGAGUACUGCCGCAAGUAUGGACUCCGAGUCAAACUAGAUCCGCACGGGAUCCCGGGGAGCCAAAACGGCUGGAACCACAGCGGCCGCCAGGGUCCUAUAGGGUGGCUGAACGGGACGGACGGCCAGUUGAAUCGCAAGCGCUCUCUCGAAAUGCACGAUCAAUUGUCGCAGUUCUUUGCGCAGGAUCGGUACAAGAACAUCGUCACGAUCUACGGGCUCGUCAACGAGCCGAUGAUGCUCAGCCUGCCCGUGGAGGAUGUGCUCGACUGGUCGACGGAAGCUACUAAGCUCAUUCAAAAGAAUGGAAUCACCGCCUAUGUUACAGUGCACGACGGCUUUCUGAACCUCAGCAAGUGGAAGCAAAUGCUGAAGACCCGUCCGGACCGCAUGUUCCUGGACACCCAUCAGUAUACCAUCUUCAACACGGCCCAGAUCGUGAUGAAGCAUACGGAAAAGAUCAAGCUCGUUUGCAACGACUGGCACAGCAUGAUCCAGCAGAUCAACACUACAAGUGCAGGAUGGGGCCCAACAAUUUGUGGUGAAUGGUCACAGGCAGAUACCGACUGCACCAAAUACCUCAACAAUGUCGGCCGCGGCACGCGCUGGGAGGGUACGUUCUCCCUCACCGACUCCACGGCCUAUUGUCCCACCGCAAAGAGCGGUCCAUCCUGCAGCUGCUCCUCCGCCAACGCCGACCCGUCUCAGUAUUCAGACCAGUACAAGAAAUUCCUGAAAACAUACGCCGAGGCACAGAUGUCUGCUUUUGAGACUGCCCAGGGCUGGUUCUACUGGACCUGGCAUACCGAAUCUGCGCCGCAGUGGAGCUACAAGACUGCCUGGAAGAACGGGUUCAUGCCACAGAAGGCGUAUGCACCGGAUUUUAAAUGCGGUGAUGAUGUGCCGGAUUUUGGCGACCUGCCGGAAAACUAUUAA